CGACCCCCCAAAAGAGAUAAGAGAGCAAAGGUAUCCACACAACUCAAAAGGGAAGGAAGAAGGAGAGCAGUCCGCAGGUUCUUUCUUUAGUGCGAAGCUCUUACUGUUCGAGCCAUAACUUGAGAUUUACUCGUCCGAUUAAGGCGUAUAAGGUACCAAAAGAAAGCUCUCAAGACGAGGAAUCCGUGGAGGUCUGGUUUGCAUCAAUCGGAGUAGUGGAAGGCUUCCAGAUUGUCCGAACAAAACGCAACCUCGCAGAACACAGUUUUGCAUUCAAAGAAACGAGUUAACCGGAAAACACCCGUUCUAGGGACUGUUUUCGUGUCAUUCGGUUAGGAGUGGAGCUGGCAGCUGGAGGAGGCUGUUUAACACUCAUUUCUAAGCAAGGAAUCAGUUCUAAAUCAACCUUGACCAAAGCCUUGACCAUUGGAUCAAGAAGGAAAAGUUUAAAGCUCAAUUAAGGUGGAAACAAGAAAUUUUUUGCGAGGCAAGGAAAUUUUGGAAGGACGCCAUGGCAAGGAAAGACAACAAUGUGACCGCCACCAGCCUCCUCAACAGUACUGCCACAAGACUUUCUCCAGAUUUAUCUUCGGAUUCCAUCCGUCUGCUCGAUGACUUCAUGAGAUCCAUCGGAGUUUACAGGACUACCUUUCCGCCUGAAUACCAGGCCAUGGACGCUUUCUCUCGCCUUACUCGCGGUGUCCUCAAUGUCCAGCACAUCCACCCUGGGAAACUCACAUGCCUGCUCGUCGUCAAACCUGCUAUCGUGAAUGGUUUUGGUGGGAUGCACGGGGGUGCGGUUGGUGCAAUAGCUGAGAGAGUGGCGAUUGCUUGUGCUAGAACAGUUGUGGGGAAGGACAGAGAGCUAUUUCUUGGAGACUUAAGCAUGUCUUACCUCUCAUCUGCUCCUCUUAAUGCAGAAGUGAUGGUUCAUGGAUCUGUAGUUAGGAGUGGAAGAAGUAUAACUGUAGUAGCUACGGAAUUUAAACUGAAGGACUCCGAUAAAUUGGUUUACAUUUCUCGUGCAACUUUGUAUCAUACACCAGCUGCAAGUUUGUGAGCGGGCAACUCUUUGCUCAAACAGGUUAACCUUGCUACAACACACUGGUGUUGCAUCCAGUUUCGAGGGCAUGCCUUCCUGUUUUAUUGAUAUUCAAUUUUACCAUUUUGGUUACUUUUUGGUACAUAUGACUCUUUCCAUCCCAUAACUUCAUGGCUUCAUGCUUCAUUUUCGAGAUACCCAAAAUAAAGAGUUGUGCGGUUAAUAUUACAAAGUAUUUAUUUUCUUUCUAAAUAAACCUCAACAUCACAAUUUUAUUUUAUUCUUAAUAGUUGUGCCAAAAGUAAAUGGGGAGACAAUAACUGGAUGGGUAAUGCAAAAGGCACCAGCGUACACAUCUAUUUAUUACUUUAUUACUUUGCAUAGUUUGCAUAGAGCUUUAAAAAUGUUGUAUGAGAUGAGAAAGUUUCAGUGGUAAGCGCCUAUGUAUUACAAGUGAGGUUAGAAUCAUACUCAAGUGAUGGGUUAUGGAACCCGGGUCUAGAAUGAAGCUAGAAGACCUCACCUUGUGAACUAUAAAUGUGGAUUCAAUAGUAUCCAAGUUGGC